CAGGGGUUGGGAAAACCACUCUGGGCAAAGAACUUGCAUCAAGAUCAGGACUGAAAUACGUUAAUGUGGGUGAUUUAGCUCGAGAAGUCUGAUCAUCGGAUAUCAUGGAGUCUGGCAAGAUGACUUCUCCCAAGAGCAUGCCGAAAGAUGCACAGAUGAUGGCACAAAUCCUGAAGGAUAUGGGGAUUACAGAAUAUGAGCCAAGAGUUAUAAAUCAGAUGUUGGAGUUUGCCUUCCGAUAUGUGACCACAAUUCUAGAUGAUGCAAAAAUUUAUUCAAGCCAUGCUAAGAAAGCUACCGUUGAUGCAGAUGAUGUGCGAUUGGCAAUCCAGUGUCGUGCUGAUCAGUCUUUUACCUCUCCUCCCCCAAGAGAUUUUUUAUUAGAUAUUGCAAGGCAAAGAAAUCAAACCCCAUUGCCACUGAUCAAGCCAUAUUCAGGCCCUAGAUUGCCACCUGAUAGAUACUGCUUGACUGCUCCAAACUAUAGACUCAAGUCUUUACAAAAAAAGGCAUCUACUUCUGCGGGAAGAAUAACAGUUCCACGGUUAAGUGUUGGUUCUGUUACUAGCAGACCAAGUACUCCCACACUUGGUACACCGACCCCACAAACCAUGUCAGUUUCAACUAAAGUAGGGACUCCAAUGUCCCUCACCGGGCAAAGGUUUACAGUACAGAUGCCCACUUCACAGUCGCCUGCUGUAAAAGCAUCAAUUCCUGCAACAUCAGCAGUUCAGAAUGUUCUGAUUAACCCAUCAUUAAUUGGGUCCAAAAACAUCCUUAUUACCACAAACAUGGUGUCAUCACAAAAUACUGCCAGUGAACCAUCAAAUGCAUUGAAAAGAAAACGUGAAGAUGAUGAUGAUGAUGAUGAUGACGAGGAUGACUAUGAUAAUUUGUAAUCUAGCCUUGAUUCAUGUAACAUGUGUACAUGAUCUUGAAUGCACUGUACUGAUUAAACAUGCAUGCUGGAUGUUUUCAAGUUGCG